GUACGGCGGACGAGGUCACGCUAUGAACUUUAAUUGCGACAUACCUUGAACAUGCCACGAUGGUCCGGCAAAAGUGUGAGAUAUCCAAGUGGCUACAUCCCUGUCGGCUCAGAAGACCGUCCAGACUAAGCUGAACGCUUCCAGAAAGAAUAUAUUGUGGGCAUGGCCGCGCGCGGGCGGCGCUACCUGAGCCGCAUCUCAUGCCCUACACUUGAAAUGUAAUGUUUUCUUCGUCACUCAUUAACCCCCCGACGCUCUCUGUGCUGCCCGGGCAGGGGUCGUCAAACAUGAGUUGGUCUACUGAAGUGGCCCAGAUGAGCGACGCCGAGCUCGAGGCCGCAGUCCGAGAAGAGAUUGAGAAAAACAAUGUCGCCCCGUGGUUUACCGCAGAGCAUCUCAGAGAAAACUACGACCGCCCGGCCAUCGCCAUCAUCGCCACCCUCACGGUCCUCGUCGUCACCGUGGUCGUCUGUAGACUGCUCUCCCGAAGAUACAUCAUCAAGCGCUUCGGCGUAGGCGUCGACGAUGGCCUCGCGCUCGCAUCACUGGCGGUAUAUCUGCUCUUUGUUGGCUUAUGCAUAUAUAUCAUCAGUCUCGGCGCCGGACGACACCUUGACCAAUGGGACAUGUUCAUGGACGACAACACGUUCGAAAGAAUCCAGAUUUUCGAUGCCGUCGCCCACUUGACCUACACCACGUCGCUGUGGCUCUGCCGGACAUCGGGCCUGGCCUUCUACUACCGCAUGUGUAACCUGCACCGCGAGCUCCUCAUCUGCGUCAAGGUCAUCCUCGGCAUGGUGACGCUAGGCUUCCUGGCGCAGGUUGCCAUCAUCGUCUUCCACUGCAAGCCGGUCACGCUUCUGUGGGUAGCGGCCACGGAGGAGGAGGACUUGAAGCUCCAGUGCGUGGACUGGGCUACGACGAAUCUCGCCAUUUCCGGCGUCGCGCUGCUCUGUGACUUGCUUCUGUUCGGCCUCCCCGCUGCGAUGCUCUGGAUCCUCAAAACGACCCGGAGGAAAAAGGUCCAGCUUGCCUGCAUACUGUUGCCGGGCAUCAUUGUGAUUGGCAUAUCUGCCACACGGAUACCACUCAUCAUGUGGUAUGCCUACGACGAGGGCGAACGUGGUAGCUACGCGCUUCUCAAGCUACUCUGCGUCGAAGCCGCCGAAAUCAGCGCCACGCUCAUCGCGCUGUCCGUCCCGGGCAUCAAGCCCAUGUUUGACAAGUACAUAUUGCGCAAGGACAUGAGCUCCAUGUCGGCGCACAGCGGGCGGGACACGCCUCUUGAAAGCCGAGGGGAGAUGGGAUCGAAGGAUCGGCCCCCGAUCCAUUUUGAAGACAUGGAGUUGCCAGGGCCGUACAUGGGCAAAUAGUCGGAGGUUAUGGCAAGCGCUGGCGUAAGGGUUAGGUCGGGUUAUGGAGUUGAUCUGUUGGUACACAGUUGAGAGGUUUCGUCAGUUCGGGGACACAUUUGGCACGAACUAUGUAUGGAGUAUUUGUACAUGUAGACUUAGAC